CGGGUUGGGCACUAUGGCUCUGAGAUGGGCGUAUCACGCACCCAUGCGUAUUGUAGGACUUCUGAGCUGCGAAUGAGCAAUGCUGAUCGCUGACACUUUGAUUAUCGAACCCUAGCCAAAAUUUCGCUCCAUCGUCAAUUCUCCGACUCGAAUUCACCCACCAAUCUCCGCAUUUCGGCAUCAAAUUCUUCAAUCCUCCAAACUUUGAUCGUCAAUCUCUCUGCUUCAACAAUGCUCUGUUCGAUCUCUACUGCAAAAUCCGGUUCAAACUGGCUCGACCGGCUCCGAUCGUCGAAAGGAUUUCCGGCCGGCGACGACCUCGAUCUCGAUCAAUUCCUAAACCACCCAAACCCUAACCUCUCCAAUUCUUCAGAAACAAACGUCUCCAAUUCUAAUCCGAGCAACAUUGAUCCGAAAUCGAAUUCCAAUUCGACCGAGUCCGAUGGAAGACCUGUUCUAGAAUGCAAGAAAACAACGGAGAUUCCAAAGCAAAACGGAGAACAAGAAUGGCGUGUGACGAGUAAUGUCCUCGCUGAGCUCUUUAACAUGGGAGAGUCGGACGAUUUCUCGAAAAUUAAUGGGAAAAAGAGUUCUCGCAAACAACCAAACCCUAAAAUUUGCGUCCUUUCAACCUCUAAUAGCGCUGAAGAUGAGAAAUGCUCUGAUCAUUUUGGAAGAGACGAAGGUGUUUCGGCUGCGUUACCGUCCAGUGGUGAUAACAGUUGUUCACAAGUGAAGCAAAUGAGUGAUCAGACGAGAAAGGGGAAUUUCGAUGUUGAAGAAGAGAAGUCUCAUGUAGAUCUUUCAGCUUUCUCACGCACCGAAGUUACUGUUAUAGACACAAGCUGUCCCUCAUGGAAAUUUGAGAAGUUGUUAUUCAGAAGGAAGAAUGUGUGGAAAGUUCGCGACAAGAAGUCUAAGUCUGCGAAUAUGGGGAGAAAGAAGAGGAAGGUAAGUCCGGCCAAUGAAAAUUUUGAUGGAGAAAAGAGGCCAAAGCAUGCCAUUGUGCAAUGCAGUUCAGCCAAGGAAGCAAACGGACAAGAGUGUUUAGAGCCAUCAUUGGAAGGACAUCUACUGGUUGACAACACAGAAGCAGCCCACAAUGAGACACCAGAUACUGUUAACGAAUUUCCUAAAAAGAGGCAAGUGGACUUGUUUCCCAGGAAAUCAAAAAGGGAAGGCUCGUCUGUUAUUCUUAUAAAAAGCAUCCCUACAAGUAAAAAGAACGGGGCAACUGUUCCUAAGAGCCGUUUGUUGUUAACUCAAAGAUAAUACAAGGUUUGAUAAAGAUGCUAUUCAGAAAUUGCGAAGUGGAAGCAGUCAUCAUCUUUGGUACAUCCUUCUAUUUGACCAUUUCAGUGGCAGAGGUGGUGGAAUCUUGUACUGACACAUUCUCCAAUUUUUGAUCAAUUUGCCUUGGCGAAAAGAGCAAGGCCUUUGAAGUUAUAUUUUUGAAUUGUCCCAACCAUUAAAAUAGUUGUGAUUUUGUUCUCUUUUACUUUGUAGUCAUAUGCACAUUCUAUUCUUCAUAUUGAUAUUUAAGCACUUAAUUUGUAUCAUUUGAAAGGAGUUGGAAAAUGUUCCAAUUGAAGGCUAAAAAAGAAGAGCAACGAUGUUUUUCUCCAA